AAGUAGCCGAGCCGCAGAGCCGGAACCGCCACGGUUAUACGCGCGAAAAACUCGCUGUAGACUUCAGCUCAAUUUGUAGACACGCGGAAAGGGCGGGCGACGGUCCCCCCCCCGCUGCCUGUCCCGUCCACGGGCCAGGGCAACACGAGGGAGCAGGGACGCCGUGGCUAAAGCCCGCUUCGGGAAGGAGGGAAGGGACGCACCGCCUCCGGAGGCGCGGGGAAGGAGGAAGGAGCUCGCGAGUCUGCGGCGCUCUGAGGGGAACGCCGCGGCCGCCGCGCCUCCUUUAAGCGCGUGUCUGCGCCCGCCUGCGACUCCUUCCUUCCAAGGGGGGCGCUUCUUGCUCUUGUCGCCGCGCUUGCAUGGGGCGCCAGCGCCUGGCGCUUUCCAGAUAUGGUCUCGGUGGCGGCGGACGGCUCUCUCUGAUCACCGGCAUCCGCGGGAGGAGGAAGAAACAAUCGAGGUAGAAGAAAGCGACGCGGGGAGCGCUCGAGGAGAAUCAGCCAGCCGGGUUGCUGCGGGCGACUCGGUCUGCAGGUUAGAAAAGAUUUGGAAAUUGGUCUGACAGAACAAUCAUGAUGGGAUUAAAGAAUCCAACUGCCUUGCCUGGUGGUCUUCUUCUUUUAAGUGUUGUUGUACUUUUGCUAUGCCAUGUGGACAAAGUACACACAGAACAUCAACCUGAAGAAACCAAUCAUUCUGAAGAGUGUACUGGUUCCUAUAUCUGUAAGAAAGGUGUGAUAUUGCCAAUCUGGGAACCUCAAGACCCUUCCUUUGGUGAUAAAAUAGCAAGAGCUACUGUAUACUUUGUGGCCAUGGUCUAUAUGUUUCUAGGAGUGUCUAUUAUAGCGGACCGCUUCAUGUCAUCCAUAGAAGUUAUUACAUCCCAAGAGAGAGAGAUAACGAUCAAGAAACCCAACGGUGAGACCAGCAAGACAACAGUAAGAGUUUGGAAUGAGACUGUUUCCAACUUAACAUUGAUGGCUUUGGGCUCUUCUGCACCUGAGAUCCUCCUAUCUGUCAUUGAAGUGUGUGGCCAUGGCUUCAAGGCAGGGGACCUUGGGCCAAGCACUAUUGUAGGAAGUGCUGCCUUUAAUAUGUUUGUCAUUAUAGCCAUUUGUGUUUAUGUUGUCCCUGAUGGGGAAAUCAGGAAGAUUAAGCAUCUUCGUGUGUUUUUUGUCACUGCAGCUUGGAGCAUUUUUGCCUAUACUUGGCUUUAUCUAAUUUUGUCAGUUCUGUCACCUGGGAUAGUAGAAGUCUGGGAAGGUUUACUCACUUUCUUCUUUUUUCCUAUCUGUGUGGUGUUUGCAUGGGUUGCUGAUCGAAGGCUUUUAUUCUACAAGUAUGUCUACAAGAAGUACAGAGCUGGCAAGCAGAGGGGCAUGAUAAUUGAACAUGAGGGUGAAGGGCCACCAUCCAAAGCUGACAUUGAAAUGGAUGGAAAGAUAGUUAAUUCCCAUGUUGAAAGUUUCUUGGAUGGCACUCUGGUUUUAGAGGUGGAUGAGAAGGAUCAAGAUGAUGAGGAAGCAAGGAGAGAAAUGGCUAGAAUCCUUAAGGAAUUGAAACAGAAGCAUCCAGACAAAGAGAUUGAACAGCUGAUAGAACUAGCUAACUACCAGGUUCUGAGUCAGCAACAAAAGAGUCGCGCCUUCUAUCGUAUUCAGGCUACUCGGCUAAUGACUGGAGCUGGCAACAUAUUGAAGCGACAUGCAGCUGACCAAGCACGAAAAGCAGUCAGCAUGCAUGAAGUCAACUGUGAAGUGGCAGACAAUGACCCUGUCAGUAAGGUCUAUUUUGAGCAGAGCACCUACCAGUGCCUUGAGAACUGUGGCACAGUAGCUCUAACAAUUGCCCGUCGAGGUGGAGAUUUAACCAAAACAGUCUUGGUUGACUUUAGAACGGAAGAUGGUACAGCCAAUGCAGGGUCUGAUUAUGAGUUCACUGAAGGGACAGUGGUAUUUAAGCCAGGUGAGACACAAAAAGAAAUAAGAGUUGGCAUAAUUGAUGAUGAUAUAUUUGAGGAAGAUGAGAAUUUCCUUGUUCACCUCAGUAAUGUGAAAGUGUCAGAACAAUCUGAAGAAGGUAUUCUAGAGGGCAACCAUGUUGCAGCUGUGGCUUGCCUGGGAUCACCUGCUACAGCUACAGUUACAAUCUUUGACGAUGACCACGCUGGCAUAUUUACUUUUGAGGAACCAGUCACUCAUGUAAGUGAGAGUGUGGGGACUAUGGAAGUGAAAGUGCUACGGACAUCGGGAGCUCGAGGAAAUGUUAUUGUGCCAUACAAAACAAUUGAAGGCACAGCCAGAGGAGGCGGAGAGGACUUCGAGGACACUUGUGGAGAGCUUGAAUUUCAGAAUGAUGAGAUUGUUGGUGAGGUUUGUUGGUCUACAACAAUGACACACAGCGCUUCAGUCUCCAAACUGUAUUACGGAUUUGCAAAACCAGGUCAAGCACCCAUGGAUGUGUUCAGUAACGUUCUACGGGCAAGACCCCAAUACACAGGAAACAGAGUGUAUUUAUUAUCAAACAACAAGGAACUACAAAUGUGUAAAAACAUGAUGGGAUGCAAAGAAGUCCAACGACAAAAAUACACACCUUGCUGUACCUGUCAAAUGCAAAACCACAACCUUCAGCUAGCUCUGUUUGACCAAUUUCUUCUUGAAGCACAACCACUAAUACAGAGUUGAAACUAUGCUGUGUGC